AGGCACAAUGGGGACAGCUUUUACCAGGAGAUUGGAUUGCAUUGGAGCAUGAUUUAAUGACCAUGAAAAGUAGAGGCGUAAAGGUCAUGACCAUAGAGGAUAUCAAGAAACGCGCUGAGGCCAUGGCCGUGACUGAAGUGGAAGCGUUUCUACGUUAUCUUCAUUCUGCGAGAAAUAUCCUGACAUUCCCAACAGAUUCUCACCAGGAUAUGCCUGCCGACUUGAAGGUGAUCUUGGAUCCAGAAUGGAUGAUAAAGGCAUUCCGACUCAUCGUCACCGAAAUCAAAUACCAUAUAAAACAUUUGGGAGAAGCAGACCCGUUUUUGAAGGAGUACCAACGAACUCGUCGAUUAAAGAGGGCCUUCAUCGACCAUGUUUGGAAAAAAGAAGAAGCAGACAAAUUUUCGGAAAACAGUAGUACACUUCUCUACUACAUUGAGAGAUCAGAAUUGAUCGUAAAGCCGCUCCCAAGAGACGAUGAGACAAACGAUAAUGUCGAUACCUACAUCGUACCAUCAUUGCUUCAAGACAAAGGCGAUACUAGUUUCGUGAGAUCGUACCUGCAAAAAAGAAGAAAUCAGAUGACAUCAACACUCUGCAUCUAGUUUGAGAGCCAAUUCAUACCAGACGCAGUCUUUGACAAGUUUAUGGCUUCUCUACUUUACCGGUUUGAAGUGGUUUCCCACAGCAAUGACGACCUUCUUCUACAGCGUGGGCUGGUUUGUCUUGUUUUGACAGCUGAUAUAAACAUGGUGGUCCAUUGCAAAGAUAACAUGAUCAAAGCGACAUUGUUCUCGGAGAAGCAGCUAAAGUCAGCACAAAGACAAGCAAUCCAGAUAAGGACUGUUUUUAAACAUUUGCUGGAGUCGACUCUUCAACGAAAUGACCAAGGCCAUCUGAAAUACAGCGAACACCUAGAAAGGGAUUUCGAAAUUUCAACAGAAGAAGCCGCAUCUAUUACAACAAGAGCGGAAAAGGAGUUCUGGUUUGGCGAUCUCAAGGUAUCACGGAGAAAACGAGACGAUUCACAUGAGGUGACACGGAGAAAGCAAGCUGAAGAAGUGUCUAGCUCUCACGCUCAGGAGGGACUAACAUUGAAGCAGUUCAGUCGAAUUGCAAGACAUAUCAGUGCCAGUUCGUACCAAAUAUUCUUCAUUGAGCUUGGCAUGGAGGCAAAGACUAUCGACCAAGUUCGUCACGAGAACCGUGGAUUGGAUGUUCGUUCAUGGAUGACACGGAUGCUGAUACGAUGGCGCAACGAUCCCGACACCGCUGAAGAAGCUACAUUGGGAUGCAUUGUUGACGCCAUGAACGCCAUUUCACUAGAGACAGCUGAUAUGAUUUCUGAUCUUGCUCCAAAACCAAUUUAUGAAGAAGAAACGAAAGUUGCUGAAUUGGUGCAGCGUUCAAAAGUGCCACUUCGUUGUCUAGUGGAGGCAGAGAUCCCGGAAGUAGCACGACUUAUUGGGAAGAUGUAUGUGGUUUUCUUCAUAGAACUAGAUCUGUCCAACGAGUCUAUCGAGGAGGCGGAAGUGAAUUACACCGGAAAUGUGUUAAAAAUGAAGGAACAGCUUCUGUCGGAAUGGUUAAGUCAAGAAACUGAUGGUGCAUAUGUGGUUCGACUAGUCAUGGCAUUUAAGGAAUUACGCCAACUCGACUCCAGAGCCUUAAUUGAUGUGCUGAAGAAAACACCCGCCUAGGUAAUGUCUGCACCCCGAUCUGAUUAAAAUACAGAUCAUCUGUAUUCUAAUCAGAUUGAUCUUCAUUCGUGUAAGAUGUGGUGUUGUAACUGUAAAAUGAAUGGGAACGGUUCGUCAUCCAUGGAUUUCUGUCAUUCAUGUUAAUAUCUUAAGCAGUACUCGGAGAGUUACAGCACUUGUUUCCCGGGUUUGUAGCCUGGUGAACAGAUAAUGUCAUUUUGAGGCGGCCUCUUCUUGGAAUAACGACAUGGUUACCUCAUCGAACAACACAGAUGUGACCAUUUGAAUAAUAUCCCAACCAUUUUGGUUAAAACACUUUGACCACGGACACAUCCUCAUAGAGUUUUCUGGUGUCUUAGCGAACUUGUUUGAUGAAAAAGUGAACUUAAAUAAGUUCAAAGCGAUUUUAGACUUCAAACCAUUAUAUUAUAACCAACUUUUUUUUGUUGAAAUAUUUUAUUUUCUAAAGUUAAUUGCAUAUGAACAGCUAUAUGAAUAUACAUUAAGUGUUGCUUAUGAAAGCUAAAGGGUAAAAUUCCAUGAUGUACGCGAUACAUGAAAUGGAAUGAUAUUGUACACUUGCGUGUAUCUAAGUGAAUGAUGUAAUGUACAAGUGUGUGUAAAAGGAAAUGAUAUUGUGCACUUGCGUUGAUUUAAGUGAAUUAUGUAAUCAGGGUAACAUGUACAUGUGUGUAAGAGAAUUAUUUUAUGCACACGCAUAUGUUGAUCUAUCUAAAAAUGACCGAUGAAAUAUACAUUUGACAUUUGCAUAGCUGUUAUUAUGAUUACGCGUGUAUUUAGUGAUUGAUAGUCUCUGCAAGGAUGAGCGAACGUCAAUGAUAUGGGUGGGUGCGCGAAGGUGGAAGUGAUAUCAAUGUAUAUUAUCAUGCUAUAGUUACAGGAUAGCAAUAUCUCCAAAUCAUGUAUUUUGUUUGUAUGUUUUGUAUCCAUGUUCACCUGUGGGCCGUAAGACCCUUGGAAUAAAACUGAAUUGAAUUGAAUUGAAUGAACGCGAUACCGGGACGCGAACACAAGCUCUAGAGCGGUAGAACUUGAUAUCAGAACGCGAACACAAGCUCGAGAGCGGUAGAACUUGAUAUCAGGACGCGAACACAAGCUCGAGAGCGGUAGAACUUGAUAUCAGGACGCGAACACAAGCUCUAGAGCGGUAGAACUUGAUAUCAGGACGCGAACACAAGCUCUAGAGCGGUAGAACUUGAUAUCAGGACGCGAACACAAGCUCGAGAGCGGUAGAACUUGAUAUCUUGACUAUUGGCGUCCGGAUUAUCAACGGCUCGGUUGUUCUGUGAAAUGUAAUCAAUAAGUGUACCAUAUGUUUUUUGAGUCUAUGUUGAUAUAUAUUAAAAAAACAAUAUAACUUUA